CUUCCAUUGGUCCUGGAGCCAUUGUUAACAUCAAAGGCUUUAUGAACUUUAAUGAGCAUGAGGAUAAUUUUGCCCAAAACAUGAUUGCCUUUGCCAGGAGUCUGACACUUCCAAGUCAAUGAUCUGAAGCAUAUUUCGACGCCACAACGCUUAUUUAUUUUUCAGUUAUUUUACCGAUUACCAUAAUAUUCGUUUAAUAAUUUAUCGCCCUGAAACACCACAAAAACUAAAAAAACUGAACAUGCUGGGAAAAGUAAUGAGAUUAAACCAGACUGACCAUCAAGAUCAAACAAAAACCAUCUUGAUCAGCUAAAUAGAAAAACAAUAAGCUUGACCAGCAAGAUAGAACAACAACCAACUUGGCCAGCUGGAACAACAAGCAACUUUGUGGUAAACAAACAUAAGCAUACAACUAUCAUAACAAUAUGCUGGCAUAUCCAAAACCCAGGAAAUGCUAGCCACAAGUAGAACAAAAUAAACCAUGAUGGUAAACCUGCUAUCAAAUGACCACCUUCACCAGCAUCCAUCCAAAACUCAAUAUAGACCAGAAUGGACCAGCUUAAAAUGUAAACUGGUUUAAUAUUUUUUUUUUUUUACAGCAGGGGAAUUCAGCAUGAAUGAAUUGCUCCGAAAUCACUAGUUUUCCCAUAAUAAUCCCCUCCCACAAUCCCCAACACACACACACACACAGACACACUAACCCUUGCUCUUACUAGCAAUCAAGAUUUUGGGACGUCUGAAUAUACAACAGACUACUAUGGAUCGUGUGCCUCUUUGAGUUCAUUGUAUUAGUGUUGAUCCUCUCCAGUGGAUGAGGAAUGGCUUUGUAACAGUAAGGACUCUGCUUCUGCUUCAACGGUCAAUGGAAAAAGUAAAGAACAGUUUCAUUGAGCUUAUUAUUAUCCACACUUAGAAACAAUCUAUUUCCUCAGAAAAGAAAUUCCAGAGGAGAUUAGCAAACAAGGGAUAGCAAACAGAAGGUUAGAGUUUUUUUGUGGCUGCUUUUUUCAAGGAAUACAAAAAAAAGCUAAUGGUCUGAAUGGAUUUUUCAUCUCUCUCUGAAAACAACGCAUGCUGUGAAAGCUGUGUUUGUUCACAGUAAGAUGCCUGCUAAGAUCUGGACAAUACUUUAACAAAGGCUGGUGCAUAACGGAAUCCAUACAAAAAAAAAUCACCUCAACGAAAUAAUCAGACUUUGUUUCAGGUCAAACAUUUUUGUGUUUUGUCCAAAAACAUUUUACUGUGGGAAUUUACAGAGGUAGUAUACUGCUGCCCGUAUGAAGAAUGUUUUCCUUGCUGGCACUUUGAGUGUGUUUUUUGACCUUGUGAAGGCAACGACCUAAUAUAAUUUUACAGCAACUUUUCUCCUUAAGCAAACUCCACUUCUGGUUGGAUCACAGCUAUGGCCUUUGCUGACCUCCUGGAACAGGUGGGCAGCACCAGCCGCUUCCAGGUCAUUCAGGUGACUCUGCUCAGUAUGCCCAUCCUCAUGAUGGCCAGUCACAAUCUGCUCCAGAACUUUGUGGCCUCUGUGCCGCCCCACCACUGCAACGCCCCCCGAAACCUAUCCCUGUCCAGCCUGAGCCAGGAGCAGACUCUGCUAAUCACUGUGCCUCGGGACAAGAAUGGCAGGCCAGAGAAAUGCCAGCGCUACGCUGCUCCCCAGUGGCAUCUGCUAAGAGGGAAUGGGACCUCCAGCCCACAGGAGAUGGACAGCAGUGAUUACAUGGAUGAGCUUCCAGCAGCCGAGCUGCAGGGCUGUAAAGACGGAUGGGAGUACCACAUGGGAGAGAUGAGCUCUACAAUCAUCUCUGAGUGGGACUUGGUCUGUGAUUUUCGCUCGUUGAAGGAGACGGGACAAACCAUUUAUAUGGGAGGGGUGCUUUUGGGAUCUGUAAUAUUUGGGGGACUGUCGGACAGAUUUGGGCGGCGUUUCCUGCUGUUGUUCUCCAACCUGUUGAUGGCAGUGGGAGGCACAUGUGCUGCCUUCUCCCCUUCAUUCCCCGUCUUCUGCGUCUUCCGCUUCAUCACUGGCAUGGCCAUAUCUGGCCUGGUGCUCAAUUCCUUCUCUCUCAUUGUGGAGUGGAUUCCCACACGUAUACGGACAGUGGUGGGUACAGCCACGGGUUACUGCUACACGAUGGGUCAGCUGAUCUUGGCACUCGUGGCCUACUUCAUCAGGGACUGGCGCUGGCUAAUGCUGGCCGUUUCCCUGCCUUUCUACAUCUCUUUCCUCUACUCAUGGUGGUUUCUGGAGUCGGCAAGGUGGCUCGUCCUGAACAGGAAGUCUGAGCAAGCGGUCAAAAAUCUCAAAACUGUGGCCCGAUUCAAUGGACGCCAUGAAGAGGGUGACAAAAUCAACAUUGAUAUGCUGCAAGAGUCCAUGAAGAAGGAAAUGUUCUGCUCUCAGGCCUCCUACUCUGUGGUGGACCUCCUCCGCACGCCCAUCAUUAGAAACAUCACCAUCUGUCUCAGCGCGGUCUGGUUCUCGACCAGCUUUGCCUACUACGGACUAUCCAUGGAUCUGCAGAAGUUUGGUGUGGACAUCUACUUGAUUCAAGUGAUCUUUGGAGCGGUGGACAUUCCUGCCAAAGUAGUGGUUACUGUGUCCAUGAGCAUAUUUGGUCGGCGGCCCUCACAGUGUGCUUCCCUCAUACUGUCUGGAGUCACCAUUUUGUGCAACCUAUUGGUGCCGUACGAAAAACAGACCGUGCGCACAAUUCUGGCAGUGGUGGGUAAGGGUUGCCUGGCCGCAUCUUUCAACUGCUGCUACCUCUACUCUGGAGAGCUUUUCCCAACCGUUGUUCGGCAGAAUGGUAUGGGCUGGGUGUCCAUGAUGGCUCGUGUAGGGGCGAUGGUGGCCCCUAUGGUGCUGCUCUCAGGAGAGACCGUCCCUUGGCUGCCUGGUUUCAUCUAUGGGGUCGCGCCCAUCUUAAGUGGGUUGGUGGCUAUCUAUCUGCCAGAAACGCUUGGUGGAGCUCUGCCUGACACAAUCCAAGACGUGGAUGAGAGAAGUGGCAUGAAAACAAGCCCCAUUAUCUCACCGAAGAAGGAGGAACUGGCCAUGACUGACAUAAAUAAUUCCUUGCUCAAGGAAGCUCCCUGAAGACACACUUAUCCAAUGUUAAUAACUUUGUCUAUAAUAGAUAGUGCCUGUAAUCUGACUAGAUAGUGCCUGUAGUCUAAAUAAAUACUGCCUGUAGUCUAAAGAGAUACUGCCUGUAGCCUAAAUACUGCAGAGUGCCUGUAGUUAAAACAGAUACUGUCAAAAUUCGGCCUGUAGUCCACACAGAUAUUACUUACUUGAAAAUCUAUACUGCCCUCUCUUUGUAUUUUGACAGUGGAGCUAAUACUUACGUGACAUCCAGAAUGUCCACUUUUAUUUGAUGGUAUUUUUAUUUAAAGGUUUUACUCUUUAGAAUUGAAAGCAAUUAAUUUAGUAUAAAGUUAAAUGUCUCUUACAGUGUAUUAGAGCCCUCAAAAGUUUAGUAUUCAGUACCACAGUUUAGUAUCUAGGUUAAGACUUCAUUUUAAGAAGUGCUUGUUAAGGUAAUUACACUGUAACAACUGGUGUAACUGAGUGUAACAACCCAUUGUUACCAACCCAUUGUUACUGAUAGUAAAUGUGGUAUGUUAUUACACACGUAACAAUAAACGCUUGUUACCAUACUCAUAUAGAUAGACAGAUUUCAACAGAAUUCAAAAUUCCCUUUUUAUUUGAUUCAUUAACAUCAGUUGGAAAAUAACAUCCUUUGUAGAUGCACAGAGUGGGCGAGAGAUGAUAGCCCCUGUUCAAUAGCCAAAGUUAACAUCUCGCCAGCACUUCCCUAAAAGGUCAAAUGUGACAUCUGGGUUAAAUGUGUAGGUAUGUUAGCGUAAUGUUGGCCUUAGUACAAUGCAAGCACCAUCUGUUAAUCUGGAUUUAGCAAGAAAGUACAAAAGUUAAUCAAGAGUAAAUAAUUGUGAUAAUAUUGUAUUUUACCAGGUGAGUUGAUGAGAACACAUUCUGAUUUACAGUAACAACCUGGGGAUAUGUGUUCUUACACAUUAAAUAACCCAUUCUGACAACAUUGUCCUCAGUUUAAUGCUUCUUAAGUACGUUUUCGAUUAAGCGUAUUAAAAGGAUCAUUUCACCUACAUUCAUACAGUAUUUCAGUGACAUUUUGCUUACACUGAGUUGUUCUUGAAGGCCCAUGGAGUCAUUACAUGCCUCAGCAAGCCAUUACUCAUCUCUGUCCCAGCCUGGAAUUAACAUUAUUAGCAUUGUCCAUAUUCAUGAAUUGAAGCUGCAUUGAACGCGGAAACUUACUCAUAAAACACUUAAAUUUUUUUUUAAAUGAGAGCAGAAUUAAAAUAACUGCUCUCACUGUUCUUCUAAGACACACUGCAAACUAAAAGCAGGCUGGAUAUUUGUAUGAGCACUUUGUGACAACUGCUGAUGCUAGAAGGGCUUGAUGAAAUACAUUUGAUUUAUAAAAGAAAAAAUAUGAAAAUGUAAUGCAGUACAGUUAUUCCUAUUUACGCUUUUUCUCUGAGGUAGUAUUUCACUUCAAUUCACUAAUUUACUACAUAAGUACACAUUAGUUACAAAUGAGUACCCUUCAAGAUACACUUCAUUUUAUCUAGGUAUAUCCUGUGUAACAACUAGUAGUUACAUUGUAUCUAGUGAACGGGACAUUUACUGUGUUGUGUGUUAGUCUGUUAAAACUCUAAUCUAAAAUUAGCAUCUAUCUGUAAGCUUUAAGCUAAGGGCAUUGUUGUCGGUGUAAUGUACAGUAAAAAUCUACCGGUUGUUCUCAGUCAACUCACCAGGUAAAAGAAAAUACUAUCACAAUGAAUCACUCUUGGUUAACAUUUGAACUUGGUUCCCGGUGUCAAUACAAAAUGUAACCCGCGCUGCAGCCCUGCGGGCAUCAGGACAAUGACCAGAAAAAUAAACACAACAAAUCAAAAUCAAAUUUAUUGACAUUUGGGGGACAUUUAAUUCUGUUAACUUUCAGAAGAUGAAUGACUGAAAUUGUAAUAGGUGAUUGGUUGUCUUUGGUACAAUAGUAUGGCUGUGUCUAUUAUAUCAAAAUUUGGAUCUAAAGUUUUUGACCUUUUAUUGGGUCUGUUGCGACAGUAAGCAAGAAGGGAAGCACAGACUGCUUUUUGAGAGGUAAAACAGAUGACAGGCUGCAUACUUCCUCAGCGAAGUUGUAACCCAUCAUCGCAGGACUCGCGUAAAUAUGUCACUAACUCGUAAACCGCAAUUAUGUUUAGUAUGAACAUUUCAGUAGUGCUUUUACGUUCAAUAUCAAGAGAUCCCAGUGCUAUUGUUCCUUAAUGACUUACAAUAACAAUCAUUAUCAACACGUGAAGUGCCAUUUCCCUACAAUCGGAAACCGACUGCAAGUCGGUUUAUUAAUUUAUUCAUAGUUAAAUAAAGUGGCUGUUUGCAAAGGCGAUGUGGUUGGGGAUAGAAGACGAGUGUUUCCAAAACCGACUCGAGGUGACCUAACCCAGACAUCCCAACCUGCAGAAAGUCGUUUCGGGGAGGUGGCUUCACUGGCUACUCAAGCGAUUUGUGGUCAAAUCAUUUUCUCAUAGGUAACAUUCAAUCCAAAAAUAUUUACCAUCUUCCCCUAAAUGAGUUAACAUUCAUACUUGCUGAAACUAUGCAGUAUAUACUGCGUCAUUCUGAAUGACUGGGUCACCACACAACUUUGAUUGAUGAACGUUAACAACAAACACAUGUGAAUGAGCGCAUAUCACAAAAGGACUUAGAAAUGUUGUAUAUCAAUGUCAUGGUAUGUAAAAAUUGGGAUUGGAAUUUUAAUAGUAGUUAGAAAAAUCUGGUUCAAGUUGAUUUAUUGCAACCAAAAAAAUACGUAAAGGUAAAAAUACAUUUGGGAGGCAUAAAUUAAUACACACACAUUUACUCAAAUACUCGACUAACCGCACUCAUCCCUACUGGGGAUAUGUUGAUAGCAAACACGAUUGCACUGAUUUAUGUUCAUACUGAACGUAGUUAGUUUACAAGUUAGUCGUAUAAUGUGAUUCCUGAGAUGUAUAGUUACGUAAAAGGGAUGUUAAUUGUAUUAGAAAAACAGGAAGACUAAAAAGUAAGCCUCAGAACACCAAUACAAGCACACUAGAAAUUACACAAACUAUUUGGCUAAACUGUAUCUGCUACAGAAAAGUAGUUUGCUUUGUGAGAGUAGGCAGAACCAGAGAUGGAUUCUGAGGUCAAACCUCUUCUUUGGAGUAUCCUAACAGAUUUUUGCGUUUUAAUGUAACUUUAUAUUAGCACUUCAAGCCAGUGUACUAGAUUUUAGUGUAGUUUUAUAGAUGUUUUAUAGUUGAAAAAGCUUUCUCUCUAUGGAAUGGUAUCCUCUUUAACAUGAAUUUAUAGCCAUUUAAAUCAAAUUGUUUAGGUUUUACGAUACUAAACAACAAAUGAUCAAAAAACAAUCUAAUUCUACUUCUUGGUAGGUGAAGCUCUGUCAUUUCUGUGGUCUCCAGAAGGCCAUAUCUCCUCUAAACACGUUCCCUUUCUCUAUCGAGGUACGUCGCAAAUGAAACCACAAAGUCUCCUACUGUAGCAUUAUAGAAUAUUCUUCAAUGAAAAAUUUGUGAUUUUCACUACUGUUCAGAAAGAAUAAUAAUUGUCAAGUCAGUACUACUUCUAUCCAUUAAUUCAUGGCAAAAGUAAAAUGGUGCCAUAAAAUUAGGAUGCACUGUAAAAUGGGGUUGAGAGAAAGGUAAGGUAUAUUUAUUACCAUGGUUCAGUGGAGAAGAGAAUGAGGUUAGACACAUAUGCAUGUGCGUUCACUGCAUGCAAAACCUGAAAAGGAAAAUCAAUCACACCGUAGGAGCCAUUUGUGUUCUAGAACAAUUUUGGUUAUUCUUUUAAUGUAGUAUCCAUUAUACUUACCUAUCAUCCAGUGGGAUGGGAACACAGACAGUUUCUAACCACAGAAACAUGUUUAUAUUGUACUAGAAAGAAUAAAGAAAAUAAAC